CUUCAACUCAUCUCCCUCUCGAUCUAAGUCGGUUUCUAUCGAUCUCGAACAGUUUCAGAAAAUGGCAAAGACAAGAGGAGGAGGUCAAGUUUGUGCUCGUCGUAGUAGGCGUAAUCAAGGCUUGGAGGUAGAAGAUGUUGCUCCUGCAACAACACUAAAGGUUAAUAAGAAGGUGAAUAAGAAGAAAACAACAAAUAAAGUGGCUCGGAGAAGAAGUAGUACUAGAGCCAAGAAAGUGGCUGCUGUAGAUGAUGAGGUAGAAGAUGUUACACCGAAAGUGGCUGCUGUAGAUGAUGAGGUAGAAGAUGUAACACCAGAAGCUGUGGAAGAAGAAAAGGGUAAUGACAAAGAUAUAACACCGGAGGCUGAUCAGACUGAGAAAGCAAUGUGUGAAGAUGAGAAUGAAGGAGAAGGAUGUUUGACUGGACAAGGCCAGGAGGAGGAUGAAGAAGAAGUUGCCAAUAUAGAAGAAGAAGCUUGUUUGACUGGACAGGACCAGCAGGAGUAUCAUCAAGAAGAAGCUGCCACUAUGGAAGUAGCUGCGAAUAAUGAAGAAGUUGCCAAUAUGGAAGAAGAUGGUGUUGGCAAUGGUCAAGAUAAAGCGAUUCCUACCAACACUGAUGAAGGAAGUCAGGUACCAGAAGAAAGAGUGAAAGUAAGAAGAAAAAGAGGACCAACAAAGAUGCGUAAAGUGGCUGAAAAUCCUAAUGAAAGGGUUUCAGUUUCUUUCACUGACUUUGGUGAUCAUGUUGGAACUGGUUCA